GUGCGGAGUGAUUUACGCGUUAUUGUUCUGCUGGGCGGGCACGUGACGCGCACGGCCAAUGGGGGCGCAGGCGCCGGCAACUUAUUAGGUGACUGUACUUCCCCCCCUGGUGCCACCAAGUUGUUACAUGAAAUCUGCAGUUUCAUAAUUUCCGUGGGUCGGGCCGGGCCGGCCAGGCGCUGGGCACGGCGAUGGCCACCACUGGGGCCCUGGGCAACUACUACGUGGACUCUUUCCUGCUGGGCGCCGACGCCGCCGAUGAGCUGAGCGCUGGCCGCUAUGCGCCGGGGACCCUGGGCCAGCCCCCCCGGCAGGCGGCGACGCUGGCUGAGCACCCUGACUUCAGCCCGUGCAGCUUCCAGUCCAAGGCAGCAGUGUUCGGCGCCUCGUGGAACCCGGUGCACGCGGCGGGCGCCAACGCUGUACCCGCUGCGGUGUACCACCACCAUCACCACCACCCCUACGUGCACCCCCAGGCGCCCGUGGCGGCGGCGGCGCCGGACGGCAGGUAUAUGCGCUCCUGGCUGGAGCCCACGCCCGGUGCGCUAUCCUUCGCGGGCUUGCCCUCCAGCCGGCCUUAUGGCAUUAAACCUGAACCACUGUCGGCCAGAAGGGGUGACUGUCCCACGCUUGACACUCACACUUUGUCCCUGACUGACUAUGCUUGUGGUUCUCCUCCAGUUGAUAGAGAAAAACAACCCAGCGAAGGCGCCUUCUCCGAAAACAAUGCUGAGAAUGAGAGCGGCGGAGACAAGCCCCCCAUCGAUCCCAAUAACCCAGCGGCCAACUGGCUUCAUGCGCGCUCCACUCGGAAAAAGCGCUGCCCCUAUACAAAACACCAGACCCUGGAACUGGAGAAAGAGUUUCUGUUCAACAUGUACCUCACCAGGGACCGCAGGUACGAGGUGGCCCGACUGCUCAACCUCACCGAGAGGCAGGUCAAGAUCUGGUUCCAGAACCGCAGGAUGAAAAUGAAGAAAAUCAACAAAGACCGAGCAAAAGACGAGUGAUGCCAUUUGGGUUUAUUUAGAAAAAAGGGUGAGCUAGAGAGAAAGAGAACUGCCCGUUCCCCUUCCGCCUUCUUCCUUCUCUCACCGCCACCCUAGCCUCCACCAUCCCCGCACAAAGCGGCUCUAAACCUCAGGCCACAUCUCCCCCAAGGCAAACCCUGUUCAGGCUGGCUCAUAGGCCUGCCGCUUUGAUGGAGGAGGUAUUGUAAGCUUUCCAUUUUCCAUAAGAAAAAAAAGGGGGGGGGGGCAUUAGUGCUGAUAGAUGUGUGUGCUACCUUGUAUAUAUUUUUAAAAAUCUACCUGUUCCUGACUUAAAAGGAAAGGAAAGAAACUACCUUUUUAUAAUGCACAACUGUUGAUGGUAGGCUGUAUAGUUUUUAGUCUGUGUAGUUAAUUUAAUUUGCUGUUUGUGUGGCAGAUUGCUCUGCCAAGAUACUUGAACACUGUGUUUUAUUGUGGUAAUUAUGUUUUGUGACUCAAACUUCUGUGUACUGGGUGAUGCACCCGUUGUGAUUGUGGAAGAUAGAAUUCAAUUUGAACUCAGGUUGUUUAUGAGGGGAAAAAACAGUUGCAUAGAGUAUAGCUCUGUAGUGGAAUAUGUCUUCUGUAACCUAUGAUUGUAAACUAGCUGUAAGGAUUUCCCAGUGAAAUAAAAAAGAUUUUUUUUUAAAGUGUUCUCGGGGAUGCAUAGAUUCAUCGUUUUUUCCACAUUAAAAAUGCGGGCAUUUUCGUCUUUCCAUGAUCUGUAGUCUUGUCUUGUCUAUUGUAUAUAUAAUCUAUAUAAUUAAAGAAAAUAUGCAUAAUCAGACAAGCUUGAAUAUUGUUUUUGCACCAGACAAACAGUGAGGAAAUUCGGAGCUAUACAUAUGUGCAGAAGGUUACUACCUAGGGUUUGUGCUUAAUUUUAAUCAGAGGAAAUGGAUGCUGAUUGUAACGGAGUUAAUUUUGUUGAUAAUAAAUUAUACACUAUGAAACCGCCACUGGGCUACUGUAGAUUUGUAUCCUUGAUGAAUCUGGGGUUUCCAUCAGACUGAACCUACACUGUAUAUUUUGCAAUAGUUACCUCAAGGCCUACUGACCAAAUUGUUGUGUUGAGAUGAUAUUUAACUUUUUGCCAAAUAAAAUAUAUUGAUUCUUUUCUA